GUCACGCGCCACAUUGCCUGAUCAGUUACAGAACUGACAACACAUAACAAGAGCUCACAGGACCACCGGCUAUAAUGAAACUGCUACAGGAAACGGGGGAUGCACCACACGAAAGAAAGAUUAUAAAAUCUCAGAUGGAGAAACGCCGAAGGGAGAGGAUGAACAGCAGUCUGGAACAUCUGAGGACCAUGUUGCUUCAAGACCCACCACAACCCGAUGGGACUCAGCGCAGAGUGGAGAAAGCUGAGAUACUCGAGCACACAGUGCUUUUCCUGCAGCACACCAUCCAAAGACACAGGACGAAAUCUGCUGCAGCUUCCGCAGGAGCCCAGAAACACUCCUUGCAAGACGGCUUCUCCACCUGCCUGCAGAAUGCUGCUCAGUUCCUGGGACCUGAGGGGAAAGGCCUGUGGCUCGGAGCAGCACUGGAUGCAUCUCUUGCUGCUCGUUUUUUUCGCUCAGACUCUGAUUCUGCAGGUGUUAAAAGGACAACUGAAGCGUGGUCCUCCAGCUCUCUGCGACACACAAAGACCAUUCUCCAGAUGUUGAAACAAAAGUCCAAGCACAGACUGCACACACAGGGCCACAGUGUUGCUCAUCCGUACCAACUUCCAGUCCAGCAGGGGUUUCUCCAACAGACUCUGAGACAACAUCAUCUUGAGAUCAGCGUGGAGAGUCGAGCUGAAAAACAGAACCCGUCCCAGAGCAGCCCGCUCAGCCAGAGUGUGUGGAGACCCUGGCCCUGACCACCAGGAAGUGGACUCUGAAACUAAAAUUGUAUUGACUAUCAACUGAACUAUAUAGUGCUCCUGAAAGAACAUUUGCAUUGUAAUGUUGUGAACACUGGCCUCCUGUUAUCUGAUUGUGAUGUUUAACACAAAGCUCAAAGCCUGUAAACAAUGAUACUCAUUAAUGCAUGUGAUGUAUUAGUCAGGCAGGCACAGUGAUUUUCUCAGAAUGGGACACACCUGAGCUAGAUCAGGAGGCUGCUGUGCUGAAGAGAAAGUGCAGAUCAUGAUGCAUCUGUCCUUCAUACUCUGCUCAAACCCUCUGACCCUCUACUGUCCAGAUUUAAGACUGUGGACAACGAUCGAGUGUCCAUCCUUUACAGCAGGCAAUGCGACCCCUCACAUUCACCCGUGUGCCUGCUGAAAUGAAACAUGUCAACAAUAUAAGUUAUAUUCUGUUUAAAUAUGAUUUGCCUAUUUUUGCACAAUAAUUUAUUCUGGAUGUCUCCCUAUGGUGAGCAGUAUUUCUUUUAUAAUAAAAAAACGUUUCUUAAAA